AUGUCUGGUCCUCAUGCGACAGUGGCCGUGAGUCGGCCUCAGGUCGGCAUUGAGCGCCUCCCGGCCCGCCGGAUGAGCAACGAGCCACGCGAAUCUAUGAAUUGCAAAUCUUGUAGGAAGCGAAAGAUCAAAUGCAAUCGCCUUCGACCCGCGUGCGAGGCAUGCCAGGUUUUCCAAUGCCCUUGUAUCUAUGACGCCGUACCCAAGAAGAGAGGCCCAAAAACAGAUGUUUUGGACGCUUUGUUGAAGCGGGUGGAUGGCCUCGAGGCCAAGUUACGAGAGAAGAACGCGGAGCAAGCCUCCUCAUCUAGUUCGGCGGAGGCUACUACAGCUGUGAAAGAGGCUACAGAUGAGGAACUCGAGAAGCCACCGCACAAGCGGUUGACUGUCGAUACUAGAGCAUCCCCAACAGGAGGGGAAACCUUGGCGACUCCCGUUUCCAUCACCAAGUCAAAGGAACGAGCCCCGCCACAAGUACCGGCUGAAGCCUUGAUAGAUACCUACUUUUCUCGAUAUCAUGCGAAACCCUACCACAUCCUAGAUGAGUCCACGACUCGACAACGAGCACAGUUGGGCCAACUGCCUGACUUCCUUGCGAACGCUAUGUUCGCGGUAGCUUCAAGAUACACUGCGCACCCUGACGGAUAUUCAGCAGCGGUUAAUCUCAGCGAAGACUAUGCAGCUCGUUCGAGAAAGGAGAUUGAUGCUGAUGAACCUUCCGUGGACGGCUUACAAGCAGCACUUCUUCUGGUGAUGGCCUUCAUCGCAUCCGGGAAGGGUAGAAAGGCAUACAUGCUUCUCGCAACCGCGACCGGAAUGGCGAUGGCUCUCGAGCUGCAUCGUGAGAUGGACGACCAACGCAUGGCCUCAUCUACAGAAAAGGAGACCAGGAGACGACUGUUCUGGACUUGUUAUCUCCUCGAUCGUUUUACUGCCUGUGGCUCCAAGAGGCCAUCCCUCAUAAGUGAUAAAACUAUCAUGCUUCGCCUUCCGUCCUGGGUACCGAGCCCGUCGGCGGGAUACAUCGAGGGAGAGUUUUUCCAGGCCGGCUCCAAUCUACAUCAUUUCCAGGGAAGCGACAGAAAGUCUCAAGGCAGUACGGGUAUGCUCAUCGACAUCACCCGUAUCUUGGGGGUAACAAACAGAUACUUGGCGGCCGGUGGUGUGAGAGGCGACUCGCACUUCCCUUGGCAUUCUUUAUCAAACCUGUCCAAGAUUCGCCAAGACCUUGAUACCUGGGCUUCCGGGACCGACGACGCAUUCUCAAGCCUUGAAACGCUCUUUGGGCACCCGGACAGUACCACGCUGGUUCUUAGCAAGCUAAUCUAUCAUCUGAUCCACUGCUUGAUCUACCGCCCCUUUUUACCGAUCGACCUGUCCGAGCUUGCAGGCAACGGGCAACACGAAUCAUGGCAGAUUGAGGCAACCAACAUGUGUUUCUUGCACGCCAAUGCCAUUUCCGAACUAACAGAGCUCGGGAAGCAGACGCCAAAUCUCGAAUGGCCAGCAUUUGUAGGAUAUUGCCUCUGUACGGCAGGAACAGUGCAUAUUCACGGGGCACACUAUAGUAAACAAGGCGCAAUUGGCGAGAUGAAUGUUUUCAGUUCUUCUUCGCGAUUUCUUCCUCGAGAGAUGCAGCAUUUAAGCGAGCUGAGUUACGAGUGGGCAAGCGUUCAGCACCAUAGGGAGACACUGCAGGGCAUUUACAACGCCCACACUGAACUGGUCAAGACCCUGACUGGUAACAUGAGAUAUACCCCGAGUUUCCAUUUGGAGGACUUUUUUGAAAGGUAUUCGAAUAUCGGCGGCCUGGGCGGGCCAUCUUUUCAGUUUGAUGCAGCAAACUUGAGCCUGUCGGAUGCUGUGGUCAACUUCACCGCUGAUACCUUUCCUGGGCACGAUUUGUACGCACCGCGAACUUCUGGAGACCGAAUACAAGCAGGUUUAGCACGUGGGAGCACUGCCUCGGUCUCUUCACGAGUGGCUCUGGAUCUGAAGACAGAACACCAGCAAUUGGCAUCACCACGACGUCCAAGUUUCGCCAACCGAUCCAUGUCAACCUCUAGCUCUGCUGGCCUUGCAGCCAACGCCCACUCCGCAGUGCUUGCGGCAACAAACACCUUCGCGCCUUCACACAACCGUCACAACACAGGGCCGAUGGAAGGGAUUGACAGUCCAGUCUUGGGAAGCAGCUCAACAGAGCAAACCAGAUCUGGUCAGCCGUCCAGCUUCCCGAUCCACACCAAUACUCAAAUCAGUGCUGGCCAAGGCCUAUCGCAGGUACCAGGAGGAGGACCGUUUAGUCCCAACUACAGCUUUGGGUCCGGGGCAGGAAAUGCCGCACAGGUGCUGAUUAACGACAGCAAUGCACAGUAUGACCCGAUGUUUGGGACACUGCCCACCAAUGCCUUUAGCAGCCCAGCAGCAUGGCAUGGUGACGACACUGCCCAGACAAACAAGAUGAACUACCAAACAUCGAACAUGAAUGCUCACAGUCCUGGAACUGGAAGCAACAACGGCAGCCUCACGACCACGCAGGCGGAUGAAAAGGAUCCGUUCUUAAGCCUAUUAGAGCAGCUUGCAGAAAAUGAGCAACGAGUCAAUAAUGGAUUCAGCGAUUUGGACUUCUUCUUAACUGGAGGUGGCUCUGUUGGUUGA